UGGCGGAUUGACAACUCACCAGUUGACUUAUUCGACGCUUUGGAAGAUAUUUGGUAGAAAUCAAUUAAAUUUGUGAUUUCAAGAUUACAGAAAUAUGGCUAGUCCAAGAACUAGACGGGUUCUAAAGGAUCUAAAGAUGAAAGAUGACAACAACAACUGUUUUGAGUGUGGAGCUCAUAACCCUCAAUGGGUGAGUGUCAGCUAUGGGAUCUGGAUCUGCCUGGAGUGUUCUGGCAAACACAGAGGACUUGGAGUACAUCUCAGCUUUGUCCGGUCAGUAACGAUGGACAAGUGGAAGGACACAGAGCUAGAGAAGAUGAAGGCAGGAGGGAACCGUAAGACCAAGGAGUUCUUCAAAUCUCAGCCUGACUACAAUGAGGGAAUGAGCAUCAGUGAGAAGUACAACACAAAGGCUGCAGCUCUCUUCAGAGAUAAGGUAGCCACAGAGGCAGAAGGCAAGUCAUGGAGUAUUGAAAGCUCCCCAGCUAGAAACUAUUUACCAUUCCAACCCCGCCUGGGGUCUUCCAGUUCCCAGCCCCCGACUUUCAGUAUGGACCCAGGAGGAUCCAGCAGCAUGACUAACAGUCACAGCAGUGGAGAUCUGCAGAACAGUUACCAUGAUAAUGCCAACUUUCAAAGUGAUGAAUUCAAACAACAGAAACAGACUUUCUUUGAUAGGAGAAUGGCUGAAAAUGCUGCUCGACCAGAAGGGCUGAAGCCCAGUGAAGGAGGGAAAUAUGUAGGUUUUGGGAACAGCCCCAUUGAACCAGAAAAUGAAGCUCUCUUCGACAUGACAUCAUUAUCAUCAGGAUUGUCAUCUUGGGCUCGAGCCACAAAGUUCGCCACAGCAGCUUCUGAAAAGGCUGCCAAACUAGCAACAACAACUGCCAAGAAGACCAAGGAGCUUGGCCAGAGUGUUAAUGAUUCUGUCAUCAAACCCACCAAGGAAAAGGUGGCAGAGGGCAAGAUUUUCACCGAUGUGUCGGCAUCAGUUGUAAACUUUACCGACAAAGUGAAGGACGGCUCCUUGAUGAAUGACGUCGGCAGCUCAAUGAGCGGAUUUGCUUCCAAGUUGACUGCAGCCAGCACCAAGGGCUGGAGAGACCUGCAGUCACUAUGGGGUGAGCCCAAGACGACCCUCGCCACUGCAGACACCAGCCCAGGGGAGAAGACAUCACUCCUGGGAGCAAAGGGGUAUGGCAGCAAUGCUGACCCAAGCAAGAAUCGACUCCUAUCUGAUGAUGAUGAUUCCUGGGGAGAUAGCUGGGGAUCCGAAUGGGACGAUAAGAAGAAAAAGAAACCAGGGCAAGCCGAUUGGUCAGCAGGAGAUGAUGAUGAACUUGAGGCGUGGCUAAACAACGAUGAGACCCCAUUGUCCUCCACCUCCUCUUCAAAACAGAAGUCUAAAAACGACAACUGGGACGACUGGGGCAACGACACUGGGGGGAAUUCCACAGCUAAAAAGACAAAGGAAAAUAAAAAAGCUUCCAAAAACAAAGAAGAGGGCUGGAAAGACGUGGACUGGGACAGUGGGUUCACAUCCCCAGCCAAGCAGAAGGAGCCCUUGGUGGGCAACCUCCUGGACCUCGGGGACGCUUCUGCUGGCAAUGACAAUGGGGGAUGGGAUAAUGACGUUUGGGCUAAUGAUGAUGAUGAUGAUGCAUGGCAGAGUUUAGAUCUAGACACCCACAAGGGCAAGAAGGCCAGCUAGACUUGCCAAGAUUGUUGAUAUGCGAUUCAUGUACAUGAAAGAUAAUGUUCCUUGGCUCCUGCUGUGAGUCCCAUUAACAAGGAUUUAACUUAAUCAGCUGUUGUCCAAUCAGGAGAUGGCAUUGUGUUCCUAUUUGGCAGUGGAUACGCACUUUCAUCCGGGCCAAGAACAUUGCGCGUGAUGUUGUUUGAUGUUAACCCAAAUCUUCCAGGAUGUUUUCUGUAUGCUGUACAGUAUUUUGAAGACAUUGUGUUGCUGUACUGUGAUCAGUGUUAGCAUGUCAGGCAUUCAGUAGCUAAUGGGACUUGUUACCAAGCAUCUCACAAGCGUCAUAGCUAGUCUGGUGUUGCCAUGAAUGCACUAUAGUAAGUCUCAGUUGCCAUGGUUACACUUCAGUAAGGUCUUUGGUUUCCGGGUAACUGUUUAUUUAAUUUCAGCAGCUAAAAACUGUUGUGAUUGUUAGCUAAACAAUACGUUAAUGUAAUCAUGUUCUCAGAAUACAAGGUCAAGGUUG